GGGAAAUGUUCAUCUUGAAGGAUUGGUUGUGAUCGGGAGGGAUCGCGGAUCGUUAAAUCGGACCAUCUGUGUUAUGUAACCCGCCGUGGAGCCCGCUGGGUCGGCCGUGCGGUUGACGUUACAUCGUGACGACGUGUGAUUGUUGAAGACGCACGGGGACCUGACAUCUUCACCAGGGAUGGAUGAGCGCUCCACGACCAGGAGACACCCCGAUGCUCCGCUCAGUGCGUGCGAGGAGCCCGUGAUGCGGCAGAGAGGGAGACGCUCUCCCUCCGCCUUCGUGCAGCACCAGUGAUCCGGGGGAUGCGGUUUUCCGGCGCCGUCGGUCGCUGACUGACUGACUGAGCCUGUGCGCCGACACCAGGAGGAGGAGGAGGAAGGAACAUACUGGGUCUCUGCUGGAGGUAUCACUCGGAACCAUGGCGGGCGCGAAGCUGACGCCCUCGCCCUCGGAGAUCGACCCAGACGUCAAGACCGAGGUGCAGAAAACCCCGGAGCCCACCUGGGUCAACCCCUCCAGCCCUCUCCGGACCACGGGCUCUUUCGGAAGCGAUGCCGGCCAAAGGUAUCAGGAGGAGUACAGUAUGGACUCGACCAAUGCCCAGGUGCAGGUGGAGUUCUAUGUGAAUGAAAACACCUUCAAGGAGAGGCUGAAGCUUUUCUUCAUCAAAAACCAAAGGUCAAGCCUGAGAAUUCGCCUGUUCAACUUCUCUCUGAAGAUUCUCACCUGUGUCCUGUACAUAGUGAGAGUGACCCUGGAUGACCUCAAUGCCAACGGUAACCCAUGCAAUGCAAUGUGUCGCAACAGCAGUUUGACAAAUACAACAGAGUCACAAGAAAUCGAUUGGAAUCUGAUUUUCUGGGUGGACAGACGUGAUUCUGUUUGGGCGAUACAGGUGACAGUGGCCUUAAUCGGUUUCUUGGAGACCAUGCUUAUCACAUAUCUCAGCUACAAGGGGAACAUUUGGGAGCAGAUCUUCCAGAUAUGCUUCAUAUUGGAGAUGAUCAAUACAGUGCCAUUCAUAAUCACCAUUUUCUGGCCUCCAUUGAGAGACAUAUUCGUCCCUGUAUUUCUUAAUUGCUGGCUUGCCAAAGGUGCCCUGGAGAACAUGAUCAAUGAUUUCCAUCGAGCCAUCCAGAGGACCCACUCUGCUGUGUUCAACCAGGUGAUCAUCCUCGUCUGCACCUUGAUGUGUCUGGUUUUCACAGGAGCUUGUGGUAUCCAGCACCUCGAGAGAGCUGGGAAGAAACUGACCUUGUUUGACUCGUUCUAUUUCUGCAUCGUCACCUUCUCCACUGUGGGCUACGGGGACGUCACGCCACAGAUCUUGCCGUCCAAGCUGCUGGUGGUAAUUCUCAUCUGUGUUGCCCUGGUGGUCCUCCCACUGCAGUUUGAAGAACUAGCAUACCUGUGGAUGGAGAAACAGAAGUUAGGAGGGAACUACAGCCGCCACCGGGCGCAGACGGAGAAGCAUGUGGUGUUGUGUGUCAGCUCGCUGAAGAUCGACCUGCUGAUGGAUUUCCUUAACGAGUUCUACGCUCAUCCCAGACUACAGGACUAUUACGUGGUGAUUCUCUGUCCGACAGAGAUAGACAUUCAGGUUCGCCGCAUCCUCCAAAUCCCUCUGUGGUCCCAGAGGGUCAUCUACCUGCAGGGGUCUGCCCUCAAAGACCAGGACCUGAUGAGGGCCAAGAUGGAUGAUGCUGAGGCCUGCUUCAUCCUGAGCAGCAGGAACGAAGUCGACCGAACUGCUGCCGAUCACCAGACUAUUUUGAGGGCCUGGGCUGCAAAGGACUUUGCUCCAAACUGUCCCCUCUACGUCCAGAUUCUCAAACCAGAAAAUAAAUUUCAUGUCAAGUUUGCUGAUCAUGUAGUCUGUGAAGAGGAGUUCAAAUAUGCAAUGUUGGCGCUCAACUGUGUUUGUCCAGCCACGUCCACCUUAGUCACUCUCUUGGUUCACACCUCCAGAGGACAGGAGGGGCAGCUGUCACCUGAGCAUUGGCAGAAGAUGUACGGACGCUGCUCGGGAAACGAGGUCUACCACAUCCGUUUGUGUGACAGCAAGUUCUUUGGGGAGUAUGAUGGAAAAAGCUUCACCUACGCCUCCUUCCAUGCACAUAAGAAGUACGGUGUAUGUUUGAUCGGAGCAAAGAGGGAGGACAACAAGAGCAUCCUCCUCAACCCCGGCCCCCGCCACAUCAUGUCUGCCACUGACACAUGCUACUACAUCAACAUCACCAAGGAGGAGAACUCGGCCUUCAUCUUCAAACAGGAGGAGAAGCACAGCAAAGGUCUGUCCGUCUCCGGCCUCUACGACGCCCCCUCCAGGCUGCCUGUGCACAGCAUCAUCGCCAGCAUGGUUGAUCAGGCCACUUCAUAUGGAACCGUAGCCAUAGAUCUCCAGAACCCCGAUCCGCCCGAGGAAAGCAAUAAACUGACCUUGCCGACGGAGAACGGAAGCCGCAGGCCGAGCAUCGCACCGGUCCUCGAGAUCGCAGACUCCUCCGCCAUUCUGCCCUGCGACCUCCUCAGCGACCAAUCGGAGGAUGAGACCAACCAGUCGGACGAAGAGGGUUCUGUGGGGUCAGAUUUUGUGAAGGGCUACCCUCCUAACUCGCCCUACAUCGGCAGCUCUCCAACUCUGUGCCACCUCCUGCCGCAGAAGGCUCCGUUCUGCUGCCUUCGCCUCGACAAGGGCUGCACACAUAGCAGCUUUGAGGACGCUAAAGCGUACGGCUUCAAGAACAAGCUGAUUAUAGUGUCUGCUGAGACGGCGGGAAACGGCCUCUACAACUUCAUUGUCCCCCUGCGUGCGUACUAUCGGCCCAGGAAGGAGCUCAACCCCAUAGUGCUGCUGCUGGAUUACCCGCCUGACAACCAUUUCUUAGAGGCCAUUUGCUGCUUUCCGAUGGUUUACUUCAUGGCUGGCACCAUCGAUAACCUGGACAACCUGCUGCAGUGUGGGAUCAUCUACGCCGACAACUUGGUGGUUGUGGAUAAAGAGAGCACCAUGAGCGCUGAGGAGGACUACAUGGCCGACGCCAAGACCAUUGUCAACGUCCAGACUAUGUUCAGGUUGUUCCCCAGCCUCAGCAUCAUCACCGAGCUCACACACCCGUCCAACAUGAGGUUCAUGCAGUUCAGAGCCAAGGACUGCUACUCGCUCGCUCUCUCCAAACUGGAGAAGAUAGAGCGAGAUAAGGGCUCCAACCUGGCCUUCAUGUUCCGGCUGCCGUUUGCUGCAGGCAGGGUUUUCAGUAUCAGCAUGUUGGACACGCUGCUUUACCAGUCAUUUGUUAAGGACUACAUGAUCGCCAUUGCGAGGCUUCUGCUCGGUCUGGACACCACGCCUGGCUCUGGGUACCUGUGUGUAAUGAAGAUCACAGAGGAGGAUCUGUGGAUCAGGACUUACGGCCGACUCUUUCAGAAACUCUGCUCCUCCAGCGCCGAGAUCCCCAUCGGGAUUUACCGCACAGAGUCGCACAUGUUCUCGACCUCAGAGUGCAAGGACAGUUAUGCACAGUCUCAGGUGUCCGUCAACGUGGAGCAUGGUGAUGAGCAUCGAGAGCGCAGAGAUACCUGGAAGGAGAAGGUGGCCCACAGAAACUCCACCACCAGCGACCAAUCGGAACACCCGCUGCUCAGGAAGAAGAGCAUGCAGUGGGCGCGGCGUCUGAGCAGGAAGAACGCUAAGCCAUCAAGUCGAGCAGAGCGCAUCUCGCAGCAGAGACUCAACCUGUACAGACGCUCUGAGCGGCAGGAGCUGUCCGAACUCGUCAAGAAUCGCAUGAAGCACCUGGGCCUGCCCACCGUCGGAUACGAGGAUGUUUCUAAUCUCACUGCGAGCGAUGUCAUGAAUCGAGUAAAUCUAGGAUAUUUGCAAGACGAGAUGAACGACCACCAGAACACGCUGUCGUACGUCCUCAUCAAUCCUCCUCCCGACACCAUGCUGGAGCUCAACGACAUUGUGUACAUUAUCCGGUCCGACCCGCUGGCUCACAUGCCGGAGGACUCGCAAGUGGGGCAGGCUCGAGGCACCAGGAAUCAACAGGAGUUUGGCACAGAGACGAGAGACGAGACCCACCUCUGAAACCCCCGCCAGUGCUUCACACUCUGACCCUUAACCCUCUCAGCUCAGAGCUUGUUUGUCUCACAAAGAUGAAGGUUUGUCCCGGGGCCAAGAACAAGCGUCCACAGUGAAUGUGCAUUAGUUGUCUCUCAGCCUCAGACCAGAAGCAAUGAAUAUAUGAAGGGACUGUGCUGAGAGACCUGCUGUUUCCCACUGAGCUGCUACAGAAGGAUGCAUGAAGAGUGCCUCGUCAUCGCCCCCUACUCCCCCUCACACGCCCACGGAACGAGCACACGUCGCCCUCGCCAAACAACCUGAGAAGCAGGCACUGCUAACGACUCCCAAACCAAAAGUCUGAGGGAUGUGAUCGCUGUUGUGAGAGGUGUCAACGGUUUUCUGUUAUUUUUCUUCUUCUCACUUCACUCAUGCCACUCUUUUUUACUUCUGACAAUUAGUUUCCUGAGCAUUGAAGAUAAAAUAUGAUCAAGUGAAAAAACAGAACAUGACAUUUACACAGGAACGUAAAAUUGAAGGUUUACGGUUAAAUGGCGUCAAAAGGAAACGUGACAGUAAAUCAGCUGUUUCGUUUCUUUUUAUUCCCUUUUUUCCUUUUUGCUUUAAUCCCUGUCCGUCGUCAGUCAUGUUUUAUGAAGAGAAACAUCAUCCAUUCAUACAUUCACCAUGAAAUCAUAGCACACGUGAACUUUAAUUUAGUUUUUAUUCUCUUUAUCUGACGGGACUUUCAUUGUCGUAAUGAUCAUCUAUAAUUAUUUACGCUACAUUCACACUUUGAUCAACCCACUGCGUCAUCCUUCUCUGCUGUGUUUUUGGAAACUGAACUUUUUCUUGUUGUAAUUGUUGAAAAGUGAUUAUUGUUCAUUUAUUUUACUAUUUAUUUGAAUCAUAUCUACUCUACUGUAUGUGCCAUUUUUGUUCACUUUAUUUCUCGUAUUUUUUAUAUUAUGUAU